AUGGACUUGAAGAAGUUCUUGAAAUGGCAUCUGCUUGGUGGGCCGUUGAUGAGGCGCGUGGUGCUUAGAGCCUUCAUGCUUGUAUUGGCUGUGAUUGUGGUUUGUUUAACCCAAAUGACCCGUGAAAUUCGAGUGGUCGAGCCAAUGUACUCGAGCGCCGCCGACGAAUGCCCGUUCGAUUUCGGAUCAGACCCGGGUUUCAACCUCACCCGUUUCUUGAGUUCCGGGCCGUGCUCGAAGAAAACCCUCUUCGGCGGUGCUUCUCCCGUUUCCUGCAGAGAAAGCGAAAACUUGACUAGAACAGUUUUCAAAGAAUUGAUGGAGAAGAAGUUGCUGCAAUCGAACGCUGGAGCGUUGUGCGUGGGGCCCAAAUCCGGCUCCGCUGUAUUGGCAUUGCGCCAUUUAGGGUUCUUCAACGCCUUUAGUAUCGAAAGGCACCCGUUUUUCUCUCUCCUCAAGAGGAGAUUCGUGUACGAGCUCGAUUUUCAGGACAAUCUUUUCGACUUUGUUUUCUCCGAUAAUCUCGAUAGGGUUUCCGUCCCGGCCCUACUAGUCUCCGAGAUCGAGCGGGUCCUACGUCCAGGUGGCACCGGUGCUAUGCUCGUCGGCCCCCACAAAAUCCACUACGGUGGUUUCUUGAAAAGCUCCGAUAUCAUUCAUGCAUGUGAAAUUGGAUCUUUCUCACUUUUAGUGUUCAAAAAGAGGCUCGAGAGUUUCGCCUUUCAACUCCCGGAUAAAUGUGCUUCCGUCACAAAUAACGGGCCCUACAUGAAGUACGUCGAACGGCCUUUAGGGUUUCCUGAACCCUCGUAUCUCCCCAACUACAUGAACAUUUCUUCUAGAAGCAAGUUGGUCUAUAUCAAUCUUGGUGCGGGUGAGUACGCAAAAACGAGCGUCGCAAAAAUGUCAAAAACCUAUUGUGGGGACCACCAUGCGGCGUUCGAGGUGUACGUUAUCGACCAUAGGGCAUCGGUGCUUUCGUCCUACGUGACGGAUCCGGGUAUCAACUUCGUGUACCAUCCGGAACUUUCCGGAAACUCCUCUGCUCCGGAGAUUACCUCGGACGAGUUUAUGAGCGCCCCGAGUGACGAUGAAGGGUUCGACUUUGCUCGCUGGUUUGACGAGACUGUUUCCGACGGGGAUUUUGUUGUGCUGAUGAUGAAAGCGGAGUUGGUGGAGAUGGAUAUUCUCGUCGAGCUGUUUAAAUCGGGAGGUAUAUGCCGUGUGGAUGAACUCUUUCUUCGAUGUCCGGACAGUGGUGCUGACUGUACGAAGACCGUGGAGAGUUUGAGGAAGAGUGGUGUGUAUGCUCAUGUGUGGUUGGGGGAUUAA